UGAGAGUGUCGGUGGCCUGCUCCUCCACCGCAAUGGUCGACAUGGAGAGCCACUACCAUCCCCCUUCUCCCCUAGAGGACUCAGUGCUGGGAAGCCCCUUGUGCGCUGACGAUGAUUUCAUGGGUGGCAUGGAGGAGCUCCAGAACAUCUCCCAGUCCAUCGAUGAGGAUGCCCUCAGCUCCUUCGACGUUCCCGAAUACCAGUCCUCCAGCAACGGGUCCGGCUCUGAAGGUUCCACUGUCCUAGAUGCCCUGACCCCAGCGUCCAGCCCCUCAUCAGGUGUUUAUGGGGUGGCAGCAGGCCAAGAGGAGUUCUCAUCUUCCACCUCAUCCCUCAAUCUGGAGUGUCGAGUGUGUGCUGAUCGCGCCUCGGGCUACCACUACGGGGUCCAUGCCUGUGAAGGCUGCAAGGGUUUUUUCCGGAGGACCAUCCGUCUGAAGCUUGAAUAUGACAAAUGUGAGCGCCGCUGCAAGAUCCAAAAGAAGAACCGCAACAAGUGCCAAUACUGCCGCUUCCAGAAGUGUCUGUCAGUGGGCAUGUCCCACAACGCCAUCCGUUUUGGACGGAUGCCCCAGUCAGAGAAGCUGAAGCUGAAGGCGGAGAUGGUGACGGGGGACAGGGAGGUGGAAGACCCCCAGCUGGCUGACCAAAAGACCCUGGCCAGGCAGAUUUACGAGGCCUACCUCAAGAACUUCAACAUGAACAAGGCCAAGGCCCGAACCAUCCUCACCGGCAAAACCAGCAACCCUCCCUUCGUUAUCCACGACAUGGAGACCCUGCAGCUGGCAGAGCAGACGCUGGUAGCCAAGAUGGUGGGGACGGCAGGGAUGCUGAAGGACAGGGAGGCAGAAGUUCGCAUCUUCCACUGCUGCCAGUGCACCUCAGUGGAAACAGUCACCGAGCUUACCGAGUUUGCCAAGUCUGUCCCUGGCUUCUCAAGCCUGGACCUCAACGACCAGGUGACUCUGUUGAAAUACGGCGUGUACGAGGCCCUCUUCGCCAUGCUCGCCUCCUGUAUGAACAAGGAUGGGCUGCUUGUGGCGUACGGCUCGGGCUUCAUCACCCGGGAAUUCCUCAAGAGCCUGCGGCGGCCGUUCAGCGACAUGAUGGAGCCCAAGUUUCAGUUUGCCAUGAAGUUCAAUGCUCUGGAGCUGGAUGACAGCGACCUGGCUCUGUUUGUGGCAGCUAUCAUCUGUUGUGGAGACCGCCCGGGGCUGGUGAAUGUGUCGCACAUCGAGCGCAUGCAGGAAAGUAUUGUCCAGGUGCUACAGCUCCACCUACUGGCCAAUCACCCCGACGACACCUUCCUCUUCCCCAAACUGCUGCAGAAACUGGCCGACCUCCGGCAGCUGGUCACAGAGCACGCUCAGCUGAUCCAGGAGAUCAAAAAGACGGAGGACACCUCACUGCACCCGCUCCUGCAGGAGAUUUACAGAGACAUGUACUGA